AGGGAUCUGAUACAGACUACACCCAGCCGCUGCUUCACUCCCUGGCUUUCUUUGCUGCCCCAGCCUUGACGUUGGUUAACGUCGUAGUGCGGGUUAGAUUAGAGACUCUACACUCGUCUCUAGGUUUCUUUCCGAAUUGUAUCUCUCCUGUUUGCCAACCGUUGUUCUGAAGCAGUAGGGAUUUUCACAUAGCAUACAUUUUCUUGAACAUGUCUUGGCAAAGCUACGUGGAGAACCUGAUGGCCGAUGGCAGCUGUCAGGAUAGCGCCAUUGUUGGUUAUGUGGACGCCAAAUAUGUUUGGGCAGCACAUGCCGGUGGUACUUUCAACAAUAUCACGUCUCAAGAAAUCGAUGUCCUCAUCGGUAAGGACAGGGAGAGCUUUUACACCAGCGGUAUGACUCUGGGUGGAAAGAAGUGUUCAGUCCUCAGAGACAGCCUCCAUGCUGACGGGGACUGGACAAUGGACAUCAGGACGAAGAGUGGAGGAGGAGAACCAACAUACAACGUCACUGUGGGAAAAGCCGCAAAAGUAUUGGUUGUAGUCAUGGGAAAGGAGGCGGUCCAUGGUGGAAUACUAAACCAGAAAGCACAUUUAAUGGCUGACUACCUGAGGAAGUCUGGAUAUUAAGCAACCUCUCCACCCAUCCAUCAGCUCACCGCCCCACCCACCCAACCAACCACCCACCCGCCGCAUUGUGUUGAAACUCCUUCCAGGAUUAGACAAUGUUACAUCCUCCCUAGUGUACUUUUAAAAAACGGCCUUUUGUUUUGCUAACAUCCUCUCUUUAUUUUUUUAUUUUAUAUAAACCUCCCCAACUUAAACCUUGUACUUUAUUUUUUUGGGCACUGCAGUAAUGGCAUGUACAUUGAAAUGUUUAUUAACGAAAUAAAAGUGUAAAACAGAUUGGGAUUGUCUUUGUAUAACAUCACUUACGAUUGCAGGGGGAAGUACACGGUGGUUCUGCUUUAUCAGCAUUACUAAAAUAUGGCUGUUUUUGUUUUCAUAAGCAUGUGGGCAUUUAAAAGUUGCAUGCAUACCCUCUUUAUCAAAUCUCUGUCCCUGCGUAAUAUUCCAGCCAAAACCAUCUUCUCUACUGCCUCCAUCUUGAAAGAAAUGUCCUCUGACAAAGUCCUGUAUGUGUCUACCGGUUCGUUCCCCGCCAUCACAUGCUUUCGCUGUUGUACCUGAACGUGUUCUUAAUGAUGUGGGCUGUUGUUUUGAGUGUAGUGUAAGAAGACAUAUUCACCACAUCCUGGAGUCUCAGUGGACACCUCCAAGACGGCUCGGACAUUUGUCUGCUAUUUGUAAAUCUUUCUGUGCACCACUACAACCAUGUGAAGUUAUUUUGUCCCCACCUUUUUGGACCAAUUGUCAAAAGUAAGAGGAUUAACAGAGUUUUUCUGAUGGAGGAUUGUUGACUGUAACCCAUAAAGGCCACUUCAGAUGUAAAACCGCUUCCUUUAGACAUUGACGCAACUCUCAUCACUAAUUGAUUUGUAGCUAACUUCAUGUCCAUUAACCAAUGAAACAGCAUUUUACUACAGUAUGGAUGCAUUUUGACUGUGCACCGAGGAUUGUUGGGCUCCUUGGAAUUAUUUGCCUUGUGCUUUAGUCAUCAAAGGUGUAUUCUCAAAUUGUCAUAGUACGGUACUUAGAAGUAUAUUUAAAAGAAGAAGAAAAAAAAAAGCUGUGUACACUAAAACCUAUUGAAAAUGGUGUUGGUUGGAAUAAGACCAUUUGUAAGUUGUCUUGUGAACAUUUUCUGAGAAUAACUGUGUAUUCUGUGCCAUAAAAUUGAUCUGAUCUGUUGCUACGAGUUGGCUUUUUAACUGCUGCCCCAGUAAAAGAAGUAACUUUUAAUGGCACUUUCCUAAAGGGGAUAUUUUGGCAUCAGUAGACUCCAGACUUUGUGGAAUAUGUACAGAAUUAAACGACAGAAAAAAUAAGUUUGCAAUACUUUGUCUUUCUUUUUUCUUUUCUUUUUUCAGUUGGAAAUUCUCUCUGCCACAAAAUCUGCUAUUUUAAAUGCCAUGAAUUAAUGAGACAUGUUGUUUACAGACGGAUCAAAUAAAAGUUAUUCCAACCAGA